UUCUACAUCUAUUGAUACUUGAAGGCAUGUUUUUUUAAAUUUUAUUGUUUUGAAAUUUUCAAUUCGAUUUCGUUCACUUAGCACCGUGUAUUGUUUCUCAAUUGUUAUAUUGCCAAAUUUGUUGAAGUUUGUCGCUCGCCAUUAUGAAAAAUACAUCCGUUGACUCAGAAAAGUGUCUGAUUUUUGGAAAUACUCAAACAAAUGCGUAUAAUGAAAUAAUUAAUUCUGGCACCUUAUCAAAAGACAAGAAAAAUGUUUUUAAGGGCAACUAUGUCGACAUUUUACAAAAUGAUUUGUUUGUGCGUCUAUAUAACGAGUUUGAGCAUUUGAACAGAUCAAAUUUUAAUUCCAAUAUUUUGGAACAUAUAAGUGAUUUUUUAAACUUGAAUCCACUUGAAAGUGAUACAAUUUUUACCAUUGGCAUAGCUUGUUAUCAGUUAUUCUUACAAGCAAAUUGGACAGGACCUUUAUUAAAAUUGGAGUUGAAGAGUUGGGGUUCAAGUACUGAAGUAGUGGAAAAUUUAGUCAGCGAUUUGGAUUGUGUAUCUAAAAAAGUAUUAUAUCCUGAACUAUUAGUGUUCUCUUAUGCAGUUUUUAAUAGUGAUAAAAUCAAUAUUUCUACACGUAUAUGGUGGCAAAUACGAAUGCUCUCAACAUUACAGUCGUUAUUAAAUGAACUGUCGAAUGACAUUAAAAACAUGUUUGAAGAAGCUUUUGAAAAAAUAGAUAGAUUCAUUUGGGAAACCAAUGAAGAAGAAGCUUUGUAUAGGUUAGAACAAAGUAAAAUUUAUCUUUCUCACUAUGGCAAUGUUACAAAAGCCUCUAAUUAUUUGAACACAGCAAUGAAAUUAUUAGGAUUAGAGCAUUCACUUGUAGGUGCAUUGGGGAAAAGAACAAAGUUUCAAGUUAAAGAACUUGCCCAACUAACUCUAAAUGUAAAUUCACUUAAAACAGAAAAUAAUGAAAAUCUAUUGACUACGUAUGAGUGUAAUAAUUUACCUGAUGACUGUGUACUAGAUGAUGAAAACCGUCUACCAGAUAUAAAAUUUUCUGAAGAAAGUGCUGGUACAUUUCCCAAAUUAAACAGUCUUCAACAAGCAGCCAUCUUAAAUUCACUCAUGUUAGAGUUAAAGAGUAAACCCAAAGAUGAUCUUCAGUUUGAAGAAUUGCAACCGUUUAUAAGAUGUUUGGUAUCACAAAAGUCUGUGUGGAGUAUACAUGUUUCAGCCUUACUCCAACGUUCUUUGCUUGAAAAGGAUAGUCGAAGAUCAGUUGAACGGGCCAUGCAGCAAAUAGAAAGCUUAGUGACCAGUUUAGAAAUUUCAUGUCCACUUAAUGUAGAAAGAUUAUAUUUGUUUCAUUGUUCUUAUGUAUCACCUUCUUGGCAACUCAAAGCAAAUUUAGGUUACAUAAUGUUAUCAAUUGGUGCAAUUCAAAGUGCAUUAGAUUGGUUUUUGGCUAUAGACAUGUGGGAAGAAUGUGUUGCCUGUUAUAAUACUCAAGGCCACAGACAUAAGGCUGCUGAAAUUCUUGAAAAUGAAUUAAAAUCAUCAAAUCUUACGAUAGCAAAACAUAUUUUAAUUUUAUGUUUGCUUGGAGAUGCUACUGAUAAUAAAUCACUCUAUGAAGAAGCAUGGAAGUUGUCAGGUUGUCGAAGUAGUAGAGCACAAAAACAUUGGGCAUUUUAUUAUUACGCAAGAAAAGAAUAUAAAGAUAGUAUAGAUCACUUCAAGAAUUCUCUUAAAAUAAAUUCUUUGCAAGAAAAUCUAUGGUUUAGACUUGGUUUUGCAUGUAUGGUAGAAGAGAGAUGGUCAGAAGCUGCAGAAGCAUAUAGAAGAUAUUGUGACUUGGAGAGUGAUUGUUUUGAAGCAUGGAACAACUUAGCAAAAUGCUACAUUAAAAGUGAUCAAAAAUCAAGAGCUUAUUAUGCAUUAAAAGAAGCCAUCAAAUGUAACUAUGAAAAUUGGAUGGUUUGGGAUAAUUUAAUGGUUGUUAGUGUGGACUGUGGAUGUUUUGAAGAGGCAAUUAAAUGCUACCAUAGAUUAUUGGACUUAAGAAGUAAACAUGUUGAUUUUGAAGUUUUGAGCAUUUUAGUUCAAGCUGUACAAAAAAAUGUUAAAGAUGAAAAUGGUAGACCUGCAAUGGAGCAUAGGAAAAGUUUAUUGCAACUUUUCGGAAGACUUACAUCACAAGUACAAAAUGAAGGAGAAAUUUGGAAAUUGUAUGGUCAUCUUGAAGCAGCUGUACCAACAUUGAGCAAAGAAUCUGCUGAUAAAGUUUUGCACCACUUACAAUAUGCCCAUCGUUUCAUCACACAAGGCAAUAAAUGGGCACAAGAAAAAAAUUCUUGUUUGACUGUCAUAGAGUUGUCAAUAGAACUAGCUGAAGCUUAUAUUGGUUGUAGUAACAUGGUAGAAAAUAAUAAUGAUCAAAAAAAGCGAUUUCUUUCAUCUUCUAAACUUAUGUUGGUGUCUGCAAUUUCACAAAUUGAAAAAGAAAAAGAAUUAAUCGAAAAUCCAGAAAUAAGUGAAGGACUUCAAAAAAUUAAAACUAUUUUGAACCAAAUUAAACAUCAACUUUCUUUAGUAAUAUAA